GUCUAAACAAAAAACUUGCAUUUUCAUUGAUUUGAUUUGAAUUAAAAGUUGAGUUUCCACCUGUACUCUUGUUAACUAUCAAUCAAGCAUCUAUUUUUCAAUAAUUGUUGAGCAUUUCCUUAGCCUACAAGAUGCUUAAUCUCGGUGACACUAUGCCUAACAUUAAGGCUGACUCUACUAUUGGACCGAUUGAAUUGUUUGAUUAUUUUGGAUCUAAUUGGGGAAUCUUGUUCAGUCAUCCUAAAGAUUUUACGCCCGUCUGUACCACCGAGCUUGGUCGAUUAGCUCAACUGGCUGAAUCUUUUGAGAAAAGAGGAGUGAAAAUUGUUGGAUUAAGUGUUGAUACAGUUCAAGAUCACAAAGAAUGGACGAAAGACAUUGAAGCUUAUGCCAAAGCACCAGUAAAAUUCCCUCUUCUUGCGGAUCCCAACGGUGAUAUUGCGAGGUCGUUGGGUCUAUUGGAUAAAGAUUCUGCUGAUACUUUGACAGUUCGUGGUGUUUUUAUUGUGUCUCCUAACCGUAAAAUCCGUGCAACAAUCUGUUAUCCCACAUCAGCAGGUCGUAAUUUCGAUGAAAUUCUCCGUGUUGUUGAUUCAUUACAAUUUACCGAUGCAAGACCUGAUACUGUUACACCAGUAGGCUGGAAAUCUGGCGAUGAAGUAAUUGUUAAGCCUGGCUGUCCAUCAACAGCUGACACUAAAGUUUUACAAGUGCCUUCUGGAAAAGAAUAUUUAAGAUUCACAAAGUGAUUACUUGCGAGUAAAAUUCAGCAAAACAUUGCUAAUAAAGACCAAUAUACGAUCUCUAAAUAAAGAAGAAUUUUAAAGAUUA